AUGCCUCCUCUGCCGAAUCCUCCCUUCGUCUUCCCCGCGAGGCCUUCAUCGGCUUCCGCGCCUUCGUCCUUCUCAAGGGCAACUGGCCGACGUCCAUUGUCAGCCAUCGAGAUUCAGGACAAGUCGUCUCCUUUUGCCGAAUCCUUCGACCGGAGAUCGCCUGCGCUCCCAAACUUCACUUUUAACCCGGGUGCUUCGCUGUCUCCCGAUACCGCUUUGCUCAGCCCCCCGCUUUCUCCUCCGCCAAUAUCACCUCGCCUCGUGCCAUCGCCCAACUCUCUGUCUGCUUCAAGGCCCGGCCACGGCCACAGACGAGGAGGAAGUGAAUUCGUCGGUGGAAGCAUUCGCUCUGGUGACUCCAUCACAGUAGCGAGCACGAGCCCGACGAGACCAGAGAGUGGAUUUGCGGGAAAUGGUUUUCAAUUACCCCCUCCUAAGCCUCCGGGUCGUAGAGGCCACCAACAUCGCCGAUCCGCUGCCCUCUCAAGUCACGAUUUGUCUCUCAUCCUCCAGCCUCCCACGUCAGGGCCCCCUCGAGGGAGCAGCGCGCCAACAAGCCCUUCUGACUACGACAACAGACGCUUGGAGAACCAACCCACAGGGCACGACGAAAAGACGUUGAAGUAUGUUGAGUCUGAGCCUUCGCUGAAGGUGCCCAGGGAGAUGCACACACCGUCGGACGGAUCAGCAAGCUCGAGUGGCCGAGCGUCACCCGUGGCCAGGCCAGUGACCCGCGCUCGCGUUGGCUUUUCUGAUACACUGGAAUUCAUUCCACGCCCAUUGUCUAUGGUAUCCAGCGACACUUCCAGCACCGUCACAGCUCGACCCGGCGGUCAUUCCGUAUCGGGCAGCAUCUCCUCCAUCAUCUCUAUCCCAACCAUCACAAAUAUUGAGACGGAACCCGUUAUUCCUCUCGUACUCACACCGUCACGCCAGACCAGCGAAUCCAGACCAAGCACAGCUGGCGCGGUAUUAGAACGGUCCCAAAGCAUUCAGUCUGUGGGAGCUUCUCCCAGAAGGCGAAACUCCAUUCCUGCACUCAUCAACGUGGCCGAGGCAGCCAGCGUUGGUCCGCCUAUUCCCAGUCCGACGAAAACACCAAAACGCUGGUCAUUCUUCGGUCUUGAUCCCUUUGCUGCUGCAGCAUCGCCAUUGCGUAAUAGACCCGUCAGCUCCAGUUCUUCUGAAUCUGCAUCAAAACCCAACAGCUUGUCGUCAUCUUCCUCGGAACAUAUCUCAGAAUCCGUAGGAAUCUCAGACGCCUCCGAUCCCCACAGCAAGGACGGCAAGAAGUCCAGGAAAAAGAAGAAGGUCAAAACCUGGGCUGGCUCUAUCCUGACCCGCAAGGAGAAGCGGCGGGCCAAGAAGUGCAAAGAUCUAGACCUCUCCGCCGAGGUCAUUCGACCCGAGCCUGUGGAACAAGAGGUCAAGGAGGAAGUCUUCCUCGCUGAACCCGAACUUGACGUUGAGCCCGUCACCCCUACACUCCUUGUCACGGACUCCUCCAGUCAGCCACAAGCUGUUCAAGAGUGGAAGCCGCGACCAGCCUCAGCCCAGGACGACACCUCUUUCCCCAUGAUCGACCUGGAUGCCGCCCUUGGCCCCUUCAACACCCCUCUUCCCAACAACCCGGAGUGGGAGGCAGCCCAGAAAGCCGCAGGCUCCUCGAAGCGCCAGCUGCACAGCGCGCAGGGCAUGAAGGGCUUUAGCGGACCUGGCAUGCACUACCACCGGCGAGCGGAGAGUGCGCCGGAGAUGGUCCCCUUCGAAGCCGGCCGCUUUGGUAUUCACCGCUUUGGUAGCAGCUCAACCAUGGCUGAUGUGUUCGAGGAGGAUGAGGAGGAGGAUGAAAAUGGCGUCAAGUCUCCUGCCUCGCAAGCUCGGGUUGUUGCUCGGAGGGGAACUGCUCAAUCUGACCCGGAUGUGCCUACUGACGAGACAACCCCGCCUGCCACAACUUUUACGAAGCCUAUACUCGACGUCAUGCCGUCUAACGUUGUCGACGACAGCACCGCCGAGUCAGCUUCGAUAACCACCGACAAGGAAGUGAAGAGGGGUACAAGCAUGCGAUCUGAGAGGUCUGUGGCUUCUCUGCAAGAAACAACAAUCCCCGAGGAGCCCGUACCUGAGUUGCCCGAAAUGCCAGAAUUCCGAACAGCAUCUCUCUUCCAGGAAAAGGCAGAGUCAAGCGGUUCCCAGACUCCUUCGCCUCGCCGAAUUCUCGCAAGCAAGGACUUGGCGCCUGUCGACGUAAGUCCUUUGCACUUGCCGACGCCCUCCAAUGUUCCCGUCAGCCCUUACUCCAUGAGCCAUGCUUCUUCGUUCCCAUCACCUCGGUCACCGAUGUCCUACGACGCCCAGCGCAUCUCAACGGCGCCAUCGUCGGUCAACGAGGAGAACAACUUCCAGUCUCUUCUUCUCGGCGAGCCAGGCCCUGAGGUUAGAGUUUCUGUGGACAUCCCUUCUUUGACCUCCAGUCAUUCAACCAUGACAAGGGAUAGCUCGUUUGCCACCAAUUCUCAAUUCAGGCCGGAGAGCUUCCGCCCCGAACAGCAACGACCUGUUUCUGUGUCAUCUGCUGCUUUCGGAUCGGGUGCAUUUGGUCGUCGGCGAUCAAGUCUCGCUAGCCUGAGCAGGCUGAUCAGCAGCUCACACGGCGAAAGAAGCAAGCUCUCGAUGGAAGUUUCAUAUGAUGGUGAGACUGAUAAGAAGCACAAGUCCAGCAAGUCGAAGCGGCUCAGCCGGAUGAUGCGAUUCUGGAAGCCCAACAAGGAAGACAACUCGGCGUAG